AUUGGUUAGCUGUGUACGUACGUGUCAAUGGCCAUGUAAACGAAAACUGCCUGAUAAAUCACAUUUAAAAGCGCGUUAUGGAUAUGUAGUAUAUCUUAUAGUACUUCUAUAUAUUUAAAAAUAAAUAAAUACCAGGAAACUGAGGAUAAUAUGGAGAAUAUUCAAAAUCUCCCUAUUGACAUUCACACCAGCAAACUUCUCGACUGGCUGGUGGACAGGAGACACUGUUCUCUGAAAUGGCAGAAUGCAGUGAUGGUGAUCAGGGAGAAGAUCAGUGCUGCUCUCCAGGACAUGCCAGAGAACGAGGAGAUCAAACAGCUGCUCAUGGGCUCAUAUAUUCACUAUUUCCAUUGCCUAAGGAUAGUGGAAAUACUGAAGGGAACGGAAGCCUCAUCCAAAAAUAUAUUCGGCAGGUAUUCAUCACAAAGGAUGAAGGACUGGCAAGAAAUAGUGUCCUUGUAUGAGAAAGAUAAUGUGUAUCUAGCGGAGCUGGCCAGUCUGCUGAGCCGCAGUGUAAGCUACGAGGGCCCUGCUUUGAGGAAACAGGUGGCUAAAGCACAGCAGCUGCAGCAGGAGCUGAGCAGGCGGGAGCUGGAGUGCCAGAGUGGAGCUGCAGAUAUGAGGGAGCGCUACUACGCAGCGUGCAAGCAGUACGGCAUUACGGGGGAGAAUGUGGCGAGGGAGUUGCAGGCCCUUGUUAAGGAUUUACCAAAUGUAUUGGAGGGAACAGGGAGACGGGCUGCCUGCUUGGAGGAAACGAUGAAGCUCUACACAGAAUUCACUAAGUUUGUCUGUAACUGGUCCGAGCCUGUUCUACCUAUACUGUCUUUCAUUCAACGAAAAGGAAACACAACAGUGUACGAGUGGAAGACGGGAAACGUCCCAAUGGUUAUAGAGAGACCUGUAGUAGAGGAAGCGCCACCUGACACUGUCACAGAGGAAACAAUUGACUGGGGCGACUUAUGCAGCAAUGCUGAGGAGGUGAAUUUUGGGACCAAAGUUGAAGAGGGGGUGGACUGGGGCAUCACACUGGAGUCUGGAAAAGAGAAGGAAACAAGUGAUGGUGGCAUUGACUGGGGCGAAACUGAAACUGCUGCAGUGGAAAUCGAAGUUGUUGCUGCAGGCACUGACUGUCCUGAAGGUGUUGCGAGAGGUGAGGAUGCACUCUCUCUGCUCGAAAACCCUCAGACACGAAGUCAGUUUAUCGAUGAAUUGAUGGAGUUGGAAGUGUUCCUGUGUCAAAGACUGAGUGAGAUGAGUGAGGAGGGCGAUAUGGUGUCCAUGAGCCAGUUCCAGCUGGCUCCCUCUAUCAUCCAGGGGCAGACCCGUGAACGUGUGCAGGCCAUGCUUUCAGAUGUGCGCCACCUUCUGGAAGGAAUGACAUCACUGCGCAUGAAGCAUCUGUUCGUGAUCCAGGCAUCACCUCGCUAUGUGGAGCGUGUAUCUGACAUGCUGAGGCAGAAACUAAAGCAAGCUGAUAUUUUGGUGCUGAAACAAGCCUCCUUGGCUGAGCGGAGGCAAGAAGCGCUCGAGGAACAGGCCAAGCUCGAACCUCGUAUCGACCUGCUGGCUGCCCACAUCAAGGAACUACAGAAACUGAUCGAAGCCGACAUCUCAAAACGGUAUAACAAGCGACCAGUCAACCUUAUGGGAGUUCAAGUGUAAACUGCAUAGUCCACACAAACAUUUCAUAAAUAAAUAUUUUAUUUCAUUAAAAUAAUUUCCAUGGCUUUGAAUAAUUAAAUCAGAAAACAGUUUAUUUGCCAAUCUACUACACAAUGUCAGACACAUAGCUGAAACCUACUGUGACAUACAAGUGUGUCUCUGGAUUUUUCUUAGCAUGAUUUGAGAAUCUGACUUACACAGUACACAGUACCACUUCCCUGAGUUCACAGAGACAAAACACAAAGUGUGUAGACAAACAACGCCAGUGUACAUUUGAGGAAUUCAGGAUUAGCAAUCUUACCAGAUUUGUGCUCAUAAGGUGUUUGUAAAUAGUUUGUAUGACUUGUAAGACUAAUUGAAUUGUGGUUAGAAGUGGUAUGUCUUAUUUUCUCCUAGCUGUAUCACUAAUCAGUUCAUUCUGUAAGCUUCCAUACAGCCAUGAUGCACAUCAGCUAAAUGUUUUUAAGUAGACGUUUUGAAUUUGUUUAUAGAACAUUAGCUAGUGGUAUGAACUUUUUAAAUGUGGGUCAGCGGAUAGAAUAUUUAAAUAUGUUUUAUACCCAAGAUACAUUUUCAAGGCCGUUUGUAGUACAUCAGAACAAAGUUGCUUGUUAUUUUAAAAGUGCUG